GUGCCUGGUCUGUCCUUCAGCCCCGGACCUUGGCGGGUCCCGGCCCCGCGGACCUAAGUGCUCCGGGCGGUGGAGGCGGCCGCGGACGAAGAGCCGGCCGCAGUGGCCCGAGCCGCGCGGGAGAGCCAUGUCGCAGCCGCAGCUGGGGGGCGCCGAGCGCGACCUCUACCGGGACACGUGGGUGCGGUACCUGGGCUACGCCAAUGAGGUGGGGGAGGCUUUCCGCUCCCUGGUGCCGGCGGCUGUGGUGUGGCUGAGCUAUGGUGUGGCCAGCUCCUACGUGCUGGCAGAUGCCAUUGACAAAGGCAAGAAGGCGGGAGAGGUGCCAAGCCCUGAAGCAGGCCGGAGCACCAGGGUGACUGUGGCUGUGGUGGACACCUUCGUGUGGCAGGCUCUGGCCUCCGUGGCCAUCCCAGGCUUCACUAUCAACCGUGUGUGUGCUGCCUCUCUCUAUGUCCUGGGCACGGCCACUCGCUGGCCUCUGGCUGUCCGCAAGUGGACCACCACCGCCAUCGGGCUGUUGACCAUCCCCAUCAUUAUCCACCCCAUUGACAGGUCGGUGGACUUCCUCCUGGACUCCAGCCUGCGCAAGCUCUACCCGUCGGUGGGGAAGCCCAGCUCCUCCUGAUCGUGCAGUGGCCUCUUGCUCGUGCCAACGGCCCGUUCCUGCCAGGAGAUGUGGAUGCCUGGCUCCCGACUCCAAGACCCUGGCCCCUGAGUUUGAGCCGGAUGGGCGCUUAGAAACAAAUACCUCAAGGAGCAGUGGCUGCAGUGAGUCCCAGACAGAGGCAGAACCUGAACCCCGACGGCUUCCCUGAAUCCAUGACACCGAGCGGGAGUGGACUCUGGGUGGGCCUGGCCCUGUCUUUCGACAAGAAAGUCACAUCCUCCCGUGGAGAGUGAGCAGACUGAGGCCCAGAGAGGGCAAGGAGCAUGCUCAGGGUCACUUGGCAAGCUGGGCACCCAGAGUCACCCACGGUGGCGCAGCUGGACGAGGAGCAGACACUCAGGGAGAAACGCAGGAGUGCAGUCACCGGGACACCUCAGGGCACGUUCUCUGGCCAGCCCAUCCCUGGUGCCCUGGCCAGAGGUCCCUUCCCUGCACCCAAUAAAUCCUCAAGAAGUUGA